AUGGCCCCGAACGGCCACCAGGCACCUGCAAAGAAGGGUAUUCACAAGUCUAGCGACAGCUCGUCCGUUUUUUGGGAGGACAAGCAUGGCCAUCGCGAGUUCAUGGAUUGGAAAGAAGCAAAUCAGAACGGUCCUUUUCCUUCGUACGAAGAAUGGGUAGAGUCUCAAAAAAAGUCAGGUGGUCUCUCAUUGUACUACACAGCUUUGCGCAUGUUUGAGGAUUCUGAUUCAACUGACGAGGAGGCCCCACCCGUUAAGGCCAAACCUCAAGUAGCCAAGGCUCGUGGUCAAGUUGGCCGCCCCAAGAAGACUGCAAGUACAAAUGGCAAUGGAUUGUCGCGCACGGCUGAGUCUGCGAAAUCGACUGCCGUCGCCAACUCGGAAGACUUUAGUCCUUCUGGCAAGAAGAGGCGUAAGGCGCGUAAGAAGCCACUCUCCGAGGAGGUCGUCGCUUCAGCGAGCGACAGUGAAGUCGUCAAAGACGUUGGAGCAUCGGCGCCCGUGGCUGAGACUGCGACGCCCACAGCACCGAUGAUCACCUUCAAUGGGCAGCGCAAGUCUUCCACACGCAAAGCAAGGAAGAAGCCUAUUUCGGAGGAGACCAUUUCGCCAGAUGACGAGCUAGAGGACCCGAUGGAAACUACGAUCGAUGAGGUCUCUGCAUCUGCGAUUGCAUCUCCUCUUCCAGUUCGAUCUGCUCCGAAAUCGCCAGCCCCAGUACCGACUUCAGACUCGCCGAAGAAAAGCCAUAUCUUGAAACUGAGCACCAGGAAAACACCGAAGAAGAAGAACUUCCCUGAGGGGUCUACCACUGAAGGUGGAGCUGUAGUUGAAGAAGAUCCCACUCAAGCUACGCCUAGCGAUACCGUGAGUGUAGCUGAGGCAGGCAUCAUUGUCAACACAAACGUCACACCAAAAGUCAAUGGAAAGAUAGCCCAAGAUACAGACUCUACUGCAGCUUCUCCAGAUCCGACUACCGCAUCAGCAGGCUCCACCCGACGUGGUCUUCGCACAAGAAAGCCUGCACAACAGAGACCAUACUAUCACGAUUCGCAGUUGUUUGAGGAUGUAGAGCCGACAAAUGGAGAUGCACAGGAUUCAAGUAACAUGUCACCAGCUGCGCAGGGCAGGAGAGUAUCAGUCGCGUCAAUCAGCAAGAACAUUGACGACGCGCUACUAGCCUCACUGGAUGAAGAGGCGAUGGCUCUCCUUCAAGAAGAAACUGAGCCCGAGUCCGCUAAACCCAAACACUUCAAGGGCAAAGGUCGUGCAUGGAAAAAAGAAGGAUCUGACGAGGACGAAGAAUUCUCCAUAGCUGCCAGUAUGAAGGCUGCCAGUAAAAAGGCUGCCAAAGCAGCACGGAUGAAGGCUAAAGGUCAAAUCCCCAAGAAGCGUGGUAGGCCGAGGAAGAGCGGCCGGUCUGAAGAGCUCAUCGAUGAGGAGACAGAUGAGGAUAAGGACGCGGUAAAGCGGAAACGGCCGCCUCCACGCAAGAGCGCUUUGUCUGAAGAGGUCAUCAUCGACAGUUCUGACGAGGAAGAAGCAAAGGAGAUGGAAGUGGAGGAAUCCACGACACCCAAGCACACCCCAAACAAGUCCUAUACACCACAAGGCUUGCCAAAGUACAUUUCUGAAGUUGACAAUGGUGCGAACGGCGACCCAGAGCUUGGCACUGGUAACGAGUUGGAGGUUGCCAGCCCGUCCAAGGAGACAGUUUGA